UCAGAACAACAUUGUUUUUUCUUUUCGCUGAAUGCAUCUGGUUUGUCGUAAGGUCAUUUGUUUAUGUAUGUAUGGGAAACAGACCAUAUUCUCUCUGUCCUCCCCCAAUCUGUCUUCAACACAUCAUCAUCCACUAGACCUGUAAGCAUGAACACACCCUCCCCCUCUUUUAUCCCUCCUACUAUUCUGUGGUGUCUCUCUCUCUCUCUCUCUGUCUCUCUCUCUCUCUCUCCAACACACUGUUACACUUGCUUAUCUAGUGCUUUGUCUCUCUCUCUCUCUCUCUCUCCAACACACUGUUACACUUGCUUAUCUAGUGCUUUGUCUCUCUCUCUCUCUCUCUCUCUCCAACACACUGUUACACUUGCUUAUCUAGUGCUUUGUCUCUCUCACUCUUCUCUUGGUCCUGAAAGCCUGUAUUUUUAUUUCACUCUCUUCUUCACUCUCUUCUUCUCUCUCUCCUUCUAUCCUUCCUCUUUGAAUAUCUAUUAUGCUGUAUGCUGAGGACUAGACUGACCAAUGACUUUCAGGGAUCUGUUCUGCCUCUCUCUUCUGCUGUCCUGUGCGGCCGUACUACCAUGAGCACUUCUACUCCAUCCACAGCUAAUGGCAACGAUAGCAGACAGUUUAAAGGAGACCGUUCUCCCUGUGGUCCUUCCCGAGUGCUCCACGUCCGCAAGGUUCCCAUCGAGGUGUCUGAGGCUGAGCUCAUCUCUCUAGGAGUCCCCUUCGGUAGAGUCACCAACCUGUUGAUGCUGAAAGGGAAAAACCAGAGAGCUCAGGCAGCGUUGCAGGCGGUCAACGCAGUGCAUUCUGGGAAUAUGGCGUUGGGCGGUUCAGCAUCGGGCAGUGAUGGAGCCUUGAUGCCAGGACAGAGCCCCGUGCUGCGCAUCAUUGUAGAAAACCUCUUCUACCCUGUAUCACUGGAGGUCCUACACCAGAUCUUCUCUAAGUUCGGGACGGUCCUGAAGAUCAUCACUUUCACCAAGAACAACCAGUUCCAGGCCCUGCUACAAUAUGCUGACCCGAUGAAUGCCCACCACGCCAAAGUGACUUUGGAUGGCCAGAACAUCUAUAACGCGUGCUGCACUCUGCGUGUGGAGUUCUCCAAGCUGACCAGCCUGAAUGUGAAGUACAACAACGACAAGAGCCGAGACUUCACCCGCCUGGACCUUCCCUCCGGAGACGGACAGCCCACCAUGGACCCUGCUAUGAGCGCCGCCUUCGGUGCUCCAGGUAUCAUCUCUUCGCCUUAUGCUGGGGCAGCAGGUUUUUGCCCCACUAUCGGAUUCUCCCAAGCAGGUCUGUCCAUGCACACGAUGGCAGGAAUGGGACCCCUCGUCUCGGGACGGAUGACCCUGCACGGCAUGGCGCCCACCGCCGUUCACUCUGUUCUCCUUGUCUCCAACCUCAACCCCGAUAGCAUAUCACCACACGAACUGUUCAUCCUAUUUGGGGUGUAUGGUGAUGUGCAUCGGGUCAAGAUUCUGUUCAACAAGAAAGAGAAUGCCUUAAUCCAGAUGGCCGACGCUACUCAGGCACAGCUUGCAAUGUCCCACCUGAACGGUCAGCGGCUGCACGGCAAGGUGAUCAGAGUGACCAUCUCUAAGCACCAGACGGUCCAGCUGCCCAGGGAGGGACAGGAAGACCAGGGCCUCACUAAAGACUUCAGCGGCUCCCCGCUACACCGCUUCAAGAAGCCUGGAUCCAAGAACUUUCAGAACAUCUUCCCUCCCUCUGCCACCCUCCAUCUAUCCAACAUCCCCCCGUCUGUAACAGAGGACGUCCUAAAGGACCUUUUCUCUGGACCUGGAUACACAGUCAAGGCCUUCAAGUUUUUCCAGAAAGACCGGAAGAUGGCUCUGAUCCAGUUGGGUUCAGUGGAGGAGGCCAUCCAGGCCCUGAUUGACCUCCACAACCAUGACCUGGGAGAGAACCAUCACCUCCGCGUGUCCUUCUCCAAGAGCACGAUCUGACCCGCCUGAACCCCCACUUCCCCACCCCUAAGGCCCCACUCCUGGGCUGGGCUAGCGGGAGUGAGGGACAGAAUGACCGACUUUGACUUAAAAACAACAGACAAUUGACUAGUUUAGAUGAUAUUGUUGAGUAAUAGACUACUGUAAUGCAAGGCCUUCAGAUAGAGACAGAGCUGGUCUGGAAGGAGUGAUGGUUGAUUUAUUCAGGGCAGGGAAGAGAACAGAGAGUCGGGAUGUGUUGGCAUGGUGCAUCAUUAAAUCCUUAAAUAGGACCCUAACCCACAGGAUGGGAUAGAGGUAUUCAACGCUCUUGGGAGGUUUCUGCCAAGUAUACCAUAGACACACCUAUACCAUAGACACACCUAUACCACAGACACACAAGUAUACCACAGACACACCCAUCAUUGAAUACUUGACACUUAGCCCUGCUAUACAAUCAAGUUGCGCAAUAUGCAUGAGUUAUGAAAGCUCACCUGCAACUCACCACCUACAGACCCACCACCUACAGACCCACCACCUACAGACCCACCACCUACAGACCCACCACCUACAGACCCACCACCUACAGACCCACCUACCGAACCACCACCUAUGACCCACCACCUACAGACCCACCUACAGACCCACCACCUACAGACCCACCUACAGACCCACCACCUACAGACCCACCACCCACAGACAGACUCACCACCUACAGACAGACUCACCACCUACAGACCCACCAUCUACAGAUCCACCAUCUACAGAUCCACCACCUACAGACCCACCUAUGACCCACCACCUACAGACCCACCUACAGAACCACCACCUACAGAUCCACCUAUGACCCACCACCUACAGACCCACCACCUACAGACCCACCUAUGACCCACCACCUACAGACCCACCUACAGACCCACCACCUACAGACCCACCACCCACAGACCCACCUACAGACUCACCACCUACAGAUCCACCACAUACAGACCCACCUAUGACCCACCACCUACAGACCCACCUAUGACCCACCAAAUACAGACCCCCCACCUACAGACCCACCACCUACAGACCCACCACCUACAGACCCACCACCUACAGACCCACCAUCUACAGAUCCACCACCCACAGACCCACCUAUAGACCCACCUACAGACUCACCACCUACAGAUCCACCACCUACAGACCCACCUAUGACCCACCACCUACAGACCCACCACCUACAGACCCACCACCUACAGACCCACCACCUACAGACCCACCACCUACCUACCCACAGAUACAUGCUAGUCAGUCUUAUCAGCCGGUCAGUCUUAUCAACCACAGAGCCUUGAUAUGACCUGGUCAGUUUGGCUGAAUGACAGUAAAGGCCAGACACUUAGACAUGAUUGACACGGUGAACCUGACUCCUUACUGGAUGAGAACCAGGCACUUCUAGCUGUAUUGCCUUGUUACAAUACAACUGAAGCACCAACCCCCUCUACUCCUUAUUGUUACAUUAUAACUGAAGCACCAACCCCCUCUACUCCUUAUUGUUACAUUAUAACUGAAGCACCAACCCCCUCUACUCCUUAUUGUUACAUUAUAACUGAAGCACCAACCCCCUCUACUCCUUAUUGUUACAUUAUAACUGAAGCACCAACCCCCUCUACUCCUUAUUGUUACAUUAUAACUGAAGCACCAACCCCCUCUACUCCUUAUUGUUACAUUAUAACUGAAGCACCAACCCCCUCUUCUCCUUAACUAACAGCACACCAACGUCAUGUAGUGGUGAACUGUGAACAUCAUUGUCGUUUAAACCACGUGUACCAGUAGUCUGGCAACUCUUCAGUUACUGGAUGUGUUCUGAGCGGAUGACUUACCGGAUGAGAAUAAACGGAUGAAUCCGAGACACAUGUUGAACGGUUAUCAUCACGGACACAGAGAAAGGAUCGAAGGGCUGAUGAAGCCGAUAGCAACGCUCCUCCUGACCAAUGGGCUGCCUCCAUUUCAAGUAACAUUGGGACAUUGAUUGAGGGGGACCAAUGAUCAGGCCUCCUCCUCUGUGACGUCACGGUGUGACAUCAUCAUGGCGCGACGCUGAGUAUCAGAGAAACAUUUCUACCACACUACUCCACCAUAACAACAACAGCUGUUUUGUUUAACAGUUUAAUCAUUGGAAUGUCAAAAAAGAAAGAAAACAGUUAAAUGCAAAAAUGGGAAUCUAAUUUACUGUGCAGAGUCCUUGGACCAGACCAGACCAGACCAGACCAGACCAGACCAGACCAGACCAGGGAGUACAGUGGACUACAGUAAUGACCUUGAAUAAUUUAAUUAGACCCUGAGGUCUGGUCUAUCCACCUAUCAGAACAGCCUCCCAGAGCCAUAGUCCUGGGUCGUAUGCAAUAGAAACUAACGGAAAAAACAUACCUGAAACAGGGAUGAACUAUGCUGAACUGGUCCAAUAAGAAACUCUUGUUUUCAGGGCCUCCCGAGUGGCACAGCUGUCUAAGGCACUGCAUCGCAGUGCUUGAGGCAUCACUACAGACCCGGGUUCGAUCCCAGGCUGUGUCACAGCCAGCCAUUACCAGGAAACCCAUGAGGUGGCGCACAAUUCGCUCAGAGUUGUUUGGAUUAGGGGAAGGUUUGGCCUGCCGGCUUGUCCUAUCGCGAUAUAACGACUCCUUGCCGGGCGCCUGCAAGCUGACUUCAGUCACCAGCUGGACGGUGUUUCCCCCGACACAUUGGUGCGGAUGGCUUUUGGGUUAAGCAAGCUUGGCAGGGUCGUGUUUCAGGAGGACGCAUGGCCCUUGACCUUUGCCUCUCCCGAGUCCGUAGGGAAGUUUCAGCGAUGGGACUGUAACUACGGAACUCUUGUUUUCCAUUGCAAACAGCCUUUGUACACUACUGAAUAUGACCCAAGCCAACUGGCUCACACCGGACUGCACAGCUCCGUUUGGCUGGAGGACAAGCUCUGCUGAGAGGGGAAUGGACAUGUGACUGUCCCAAAUAGCACCCUAUUCCCUAUCCAGUACACAAAGUAGUGCACUAAAUAUGGAAUAUGUUGCCAUUUGGGAUGCAUCCCAUGUCUGUCUGUCUGGCUCCCAUGACGAUGGUCUGUCUGUCUGGCUCCCAUAACGAUGGUCUGUCUGUCUGUCUGUCUGGCUCCCAUAACGAUGUUAUGUCUGUCUGUCUGUCUGACUCUCAUAACGGUGGUCUUUCUGGCUGUGAAGCUCCCAUAAUGAUCAUCUGUCUGUCUAGCUCCCGUAACGAUGGUCUGUCUGGCUCCCAUAAUGAUGGUCUGUCUGGCUCCCAUAACGAUGGUCUGUCUGGCUUCCAUAACGAUGGUCUGUCUGUCUGGCUACCAUAACGAUGGUCUGUCGGUCUGUCUGACUCCCGUAACGAUGGUCUGUCUAGCUCCCGUAACAAUGGUAUGUGUAGCUCCCGUAAUGAUGGUCUGUCUGUCUAGCUCCCGUAAAAAUGGUCUGUCUAGCUCCCAUAACGAUGGUCUGUCUGUCUCCCAUAACGAUGGUCUGUCUGUCUCCCAUAACGAUGGACUGUCUGUCUGGCUCCCAUAACGAUGGUCUGUCUGUCUGGCUCCCAUAACGAUGGUCUGUGUAGCUCCCGUAACAAUGGUCUGUCUGUCUGGCUCCCAUAACGAUGGUCUGUCUGUCUGGCUCCCAUAACGAUGGUCUGUGUAGCUCCCGUAACAAUGGUAUGUCUGUCUGGCUCCCAUAACAAUGGUCUGUCUGUCUGGCUCCCAUAACGAUGGUCUGUGUAGCUCCCGUAACAAUGGUCUGACUGUCUGGCUCCCAAAACGAUGGUCUGUCUGGCUCCCAAAACGAUGGUCUGUCUGGCUCCCAUAACGGUGGUCUGUCUGGCUCCCAUAACGAUGGUAUGUCUGUCUGUCUGGCUCCCAUAGUGAUGGUAUGUCUGGCUCCCGUAACAAUGGUCUGUCUGGCUCCCAUAACAAUGGUCUGUCUGGCUCCCAUAACAAUGGUCUGUCUGGCUCCCAUAACGAUGGUAUGUCUGUCUGUCUGGCUCCCAUAACCAUGGUCUGUCUGGCUCCCAUAACCAUGGUCUGUCUGGCUCCCAUAACCAUGGUCUGUCUGUUUGUUUGUCUGGCUCCCAUAACCAUGGUCUGUCUGUUUGUUUGUCUGGCUCCCAUAACCAUGGUCUGUCUGUUUGUUUGUCUGGCUCCCAUAACCAUGGUCUGUCUGUUUGUUUGUCUGGCUCCCAUAACCAUGGUCUGUCUGGCUCCCAUAACCAUGGUCUGUCUGGCUCCCAUAACCAUGGUCUCUCUGUUUGUUUGUCUGGCUCCCAUAACCAUGGUCUGUCUGUUUGUUUGUCUGGCUCCCAUAACCAUGGUCUGUCUGUUUGUUUGUCUGGCUCCCAUAACCACGGUCUGUCUCUUUGUUUGUCUGGCUCCCAUAACCAUUGUCUGUCUGUUUGUUUGUCUGGCUCCCAUAACCAUGGUCUCUCUGUUUGUUUGUCUGGCUCCCAUAACCAUGGUCUGUCUGUUUGUUUGUCUGGCUCCCGUAACGAUGGUCUGUCUGUUUGUUUGUCUGGCUCCCGUAACGAUGGUCUGUCUGUUUGUUUGUCUGGCUCCCGUAACGAUGGUCUGUCUGUUUGUUUGUCUGGCUCCCGUAACUAUGGUCUGUCUGUUUGUUUGUCUGGCUCCCGUAACGAUGGUCUGUGGAUGAUGGGAAUAACAGUGGAUCUGUUUGUUAGCCCUGAUCUGACCCUGAUCUGACAUAUUUAACUCGAUUCAAACGUUUUCUAUUUUCUUCAACAGACGAGCGCUUCGGUGUCCUGGCACUUAUGGCCUUGUUCUACCUUGUUAUUACUCACUCUGUCCCCGAUCCUGUCCCUCUCCUUGUUCUACCUUGUUAUUACUCACUCUGUCCCCGACCCUGUCCCUCUCCUUGUUCUACCUUGUUAUUACUCACUCUGUCCCCGAUCCUGUCCCUCUCCUUGUUCUACCUUGUUAUUACUCACUCUGUCCCCGAUCCUGUCCCUCUCCUUGCUCUCUUCUGGGUGUCCACCUCUCCAUCCCACACAGUUAGCAGAGUGAAUUGGCUUCCCUCUCUUUCGCCCUGCAGUUUUACAGAUCAUCCAUGCUUUUAUAUGGGAUCAAACCAAAAAAAGAGGGUGUAAACCAAUGUACACCUGGCAUGAGAUGACACUGAGUUGUGCUUCAGUCGAAGUGCUGUGUCCUUCAGAAACCAAGAGAUGAGCCAUGUGGAUUCCCUUCUAGAACUAGAAAGAGAAAUAGAAUGGAUUCCUUCUAAUUCUAUGGGUUCUCUCCAGGUCCAGGCCAGGUGCUGUCUGUCUGUCUGUCUGUCUGUCUGUCUGUCUGGUGCUGCUGUGUUCUAGCCUUAACAUUCCAAGCAGGGUCAUGUGGACCCGCUGAGUAGCAUUCUGGGUAAUUUAGGACUGUGUUAACUAACCUCAGCCCAUGUCAUGUCUCAUAAUAGCCAGGGGAAGAAGAAUACUAAUAAAAAUAUCCGUGAGGCAAGAGAUGGUGUCCCUGUUCAGAUUUACCUUAAGCUAAACAACGGUAAAUGCUUCUACAAUAAAAACAUUUUUUUAUUAAAUCAAUUGAAAUAAUUGUUUUGAAGUUUACAAUCUUAACAAAAAGCAGAACUAUUCAAGUCUAUAUCCUAAAUGAUUGUCAAGAUUCUUUAAAGAAAAAGUUACUUCAUUUUUUUGGGUCAUUUGUUCUUUUUUCUAGAAGAGAAGAAAAGUCACAUGAAAACCUCACUAUAAUCAGACAAGAAAUCAGAAUCAUAUUUACUGUGUAUUUACUUCACUUCUUAUUACGUGCCUUAUGAUGUAACGUGUUCAUAAUCAAUAGGUUUUAUACGGUGUCUGUCUAUCAAAUCGCACCCUAUCCCCUAUAUGAUGCAUUCAUUUAAAAUAGUGCACUAGAUAGGGAAUAGGGUGUAAUUUGAGACGGACACUAUCCUAUGACAGAUUUGAUUCAUGUAGAGAACUGUGGUUUAUAUGUUGGCUGUAUUAUAUGAUCGUUUUGAAAUGGAAGUUAAAUGUUUGGUGCUUUGAGUGCACUUCUUAGAGAAAUGAACAGGAAACUCUGAAAUACCACAGUGCGUGUGUGUACCGUGGGCCUCUCUAUCCCUGUAACACAGAAUAAGUAUUUCAAAGUUGGAAGACUUAUUCAAAGUCUUACACUUAUUUGGGACUUGGAUGUAGGCAUGUAUAACGUGCUGUUACUCGCUUUAGGUUUUCAUUCUAGUUUUAUUAGCUCGCUUGGCCAAGCAGUUCUGCAGCAGCAUCCUCAGAAUGCCUUGUUAUUACAAUUUAUUGAAGAAAAUACUGACUGUUUAACAAAUCCGGUGAGGUCCCAAAAAAAAAGGGCUUAGGUUUCAACAGUAGAAGUGAAGCCAGUUUCUACAGUUAGAGGUGAACUGUUGUUCUAGUAUGUUUGUAGUGAGCUGAUUACACAAUACACAUUGAGGGACAAUCAGUGGUAGUGUUUCACUCAAUGACUGAAAGAUGCUGGGGUACCAAAUGGUACCCUAUUCCCUAUAUAGUGCACUACUGUUGACUGGUUAUCAGUUCAUUUUAAAAUACACAUAGAUAGGGUAUAAUGUUAUUCUAACGUACAUAGCCUAUGUGAUACGUACGUUACCUAGGUUCACUUAUUCCUCUGAUGUUGAGGCCCACAACAAACCUCUCAGGUCAUUUCAGGUUUUCCUACAUUUCGCUGUUUUUGAGUGAAGCUGUUUUAGAAAAUCUUGUUUUCUUUUUAGCUGUAAUCUUCUUUGACUUGUUUCUCAUAUUAUUCAUUAUAAUUAUUCAUUAGAGGGUAUUUUCUUUAAAAAGGUAAAAAACUGGUUAUGGUUGUCUGUCGCUCUGUUUGUCACAACAACAGUUGUUUGUUUUUUUGUUGCUGAAAACCCCUGAGGAUGCGUCCUCAGUAGCAACCUAUGUUCUAUAUAUAGUGCAGUACUUCUGACCCGGGCACUGACCUCGGCCCAAUGCUGUUGGGUGCAUCAAAAAUAGUGAGGAAUAGUAUACAGGGAAUAGGACUGUGGUGUCUGAGGGCUGGUUCAGACUGUGAACCUCAUAAACCACCAUCCUGGUUAUUUAUGCAGAAGUCUUAGUUUAGCUCGGGUCCAGGGAGUUUAAGUGACGCCCUGGACCAGAGCUACUGAGCUGCCUCGAUCGUGGUCUUCAUCCUACGUAUCUUUCCGUGGAUUGAUUCUCUCACGUCUCAUAGGCGAUGUUAUUGAAAACCUUUUUCAUUUCUGAACAGGAAAGAAGCCAGACAUGACUCUAAACCUUUUGUAUCGUCGUGAAAGCGGAUUAUUCUAGAAUGUCUGAAUGUUCUAUGUCUCUCUAACCUUCAGAUCGAACCACACGGCGCUCUCUACAUCUCUGUCCCGACUGAAUAGUUUCAAGGUUUGCAAUCCCAAAUGGCACCCUGUUCCCUAUGUAGGGCCACUGGUAAAAAAGUAGUGCACUAAAUGGGGAAUAGGGUGCCAUUUGGGAGGCAGACCAAGUCACGUCUUAACUCAGGCAGCAUAGUUCAGCCAUGAUGAAAGACUUUAUGCCUUCUUUUGCCUCAAUUGUAACUAACAUUUUACAUUAUCAAACGGGCUGAGACACUAAAAUCCUCAUGGUUUUUUUUCAUACUGAAUCGUCACAAACAACAAAAAACAAACCGGACCAAAGUUGAUGUGCCUUUCAUUGAUCUGUUAUUCAUCUCCUUGUUCCAUCCUCCAUCACUACUAUUUAAAUGAAAGUCCGUCAUUGCUCAAGACGAGAUCGUUGCUUCCAUCAAAAAAAAAAUGGAGUCCAUUCCUAGCCUGGUCCAACCAGACUGAACGCUGUGCUCACUACAGAAAUGUAAUGAUAUUAGGUUGGAUACCAGGCUUUCCCAUUUGUUCCCACUUACCCUCAAAACACAAAAAAAACCUAACUAAAUGUAACCUUUAGCACUGAAACCAAAGGAAUUAAUUCCUCUAUUAGAACGAACUGUCAUGAUGACAGAGUAGCGUCCUUCGCUGGACCCGGGCUCGAGUCCCGCACGGGGCUACCCCUCGAAUUCGCAACAGUAGAUUUGCUUUACCGUUUUGCGUCCAGACUCAGAGAUUCUGAUGAAUGUUUGAAGUGUUUCCUGACAUUCUACCAUUACUUUAAAUCACUGAAUUAUAUAAAAGACAAUUAAGAAGUUCAAUUGAUUUCUGGUUCCAUUAUUAUUAAAGGGAGAGAUGAUACAUUUUAAAGAGGCUUAUAUUUGCACAGCACCCAGUCAGUCCGCAUCCCAAAUGGGACUCUAUCCCCUAUUUACGUUCCCCAAUGAGUGCUAUCUGUAGGCGACGGGGUUUCAUUUGGGACGUAGUAGUAUCUCUUCUGAUCUGAUUUCAUUCCGUUUUUCUUUUUGUGUUUUUCUUCGUCUCAUCACGGCACGUCUUGAUAACAGACCUGGGUUUCUAUUCAAUUCGUAUUGGGGAGAUUCGGCCUUAACGUCGCGAUUUCGUUUAAAUGUCAACGUUCCCGCGUUAGCGUUAGCGGAGGCUGCGAUCACGCCUGUGUCGGCUCAAUCAGAAAAUCACCUUUUCAUUUGGACGCUUCAGCGAUACAGACUGAAUGGAGACUAAAGCUAAUAGUCCAAUGUUUCACUACCAAAAUAAACAACAAAAUGCUGUAAUCAAACAUGUCCUUUUUUUUCCCUCGUCUGGCCAAGAAAAAGGUUAAUGAGGCCAAGACAACAACAAACAACAACAAGACAUGGACGUUUUAUUUUUUGUAUUUUAAGAUGAUGAGCACAUGAAACAACAACUUGUCUUGUGUAUUUUGAUAUAAUAAUACCAAGUUUGAUUUGUAAAGCAGUGUGUGUGACGUCGUGGGGAUGGAUGGUUUGGGGUGAGAAACAACAGGUUUCCUUAUGAGUUGAUGUAAAUGUGACGUCGUGGGGAUGGAUGGUUUGGGGUGAGAAACAACAGGUUUCCUUAUGAGUUGAUGUAAAUGUGACGUCGUGGGGAUGGAUGGUUUGGGGUGAGAAACAACAGGUUUCCUUAUGAGUUGAUGUAAAUGUGACGUCGUGGGGAUGGAUGGUUUGGGGUGAGAAACAACAGGUUUCCUUAUGAGUUGAUGUAAAUGUGACGUCGUGGGGAUGGAUGGUUUGGGGUGAGAAACAACAGGUUUCCUUAUGAGUUGAUGUAAAUGUGACGUCGUGGGGAUGGAUGGUUUGGGGUGAGAAACAACAGGUUUCCUUACGAGUUGAUGUAAUUACAAUGCAAAUAGAUUGAAACUAUUAAAGAAACAUAUUUUCUAAUGUU